CUAAUCUAUAUAUGUACUGUCUACUGUAACGAGAGUAAUUUCACUAACUUUAUUGCAUGAUCAUUAAACUAUUUUUACUGAUUAUCGUCUAUCCGCUUUGUUUAUUGUAACAGAAAUGAAUAGUUUUGGCGUGGGGUUGUACUUUCUGACGAUGCUAUGGUGCGUUACUCUGGUUCUCUGCUGGGUUUCGGUGCGUACAGGACACAGCAUCGGGAAGGUAGCUCUGAUCGUAUCUUCUUUGGUUACAUUGAUUUUGGUGUGUUUGCCAAAAGGCGAGUCGCAUAGUACAGACAGUGCCAAUUUUUACGACAAGUUGUAUGUGCCUCGAUAUGUAAUUCUGGUAUUUCUGUGCAUCAGUGCGGUUUUUGGCGGUCUAUUCGCUUUAGUUCAUGUUUGUGUAACGCCCAUUGAAACGCGUAAAGUAAGGAGUUUCUAAUAGUCUGCUUUGUCAAUAUGUCCAAUGCAAUAAGUCAAGGGUUGCGGUCACCCAUCAAAUGCUUAGCCAGCUUGAGGAGAGCUGUUCCUAUAUCUACAUCACUUGUACACAAUGAGACCAUACUAGUUAAAAAUAAUGACGAGUUUGUUAAUAAGGUAAUGAACAGUGAUAAGCCAGUAAUAGUGAACUUCCACGCAGACUGGUGUGAGCCCUGCAAGAUUCUGACUCCGAAGCUCAAGGAACUGAUUGAACCGCUCAAUAACUUAAAUCUGGCUGUUGUGGAUGUAGAAGAUCAUGCUGAUCUGGUGCACACGUUUGAGGUAAAAGCAGUGCCAGCAGUGAUAGCAAUAAAAAACGGUAUAAUAGUGGACAAAUUCAUAGGUUUGGUAGACGCAGACAUGAUCACAGGGCUCAUAGAACGAAUGGCUGGUAAGAAACAGGACAGCGCGUAAAUGCCACAGACUAUAUAAAUGUUAGAGAUGUCAGCCUGUGAUUGGUAGGGGAUGCUAAAAGGUUUGAUAAGUUAAGAGCUCCUUGGUUGGUUUUGUAGCUGGUUUGAAUUUAAAUGUUUGAUUUUGGAAUAGUCAUGAUGUGUAAUGAGUAUGAUGCAGCUAGGAUUAAUGGUAUUAGGUACUCAGAAUUCAUUUACGGCACUGCUCCAUAAAGUUAACAUUGGAAUUGCGCUUAUUACCGGCACAGAGAGACAUUUACAUUGACAUUUCAACCUUAUGGACAUAUUAUUAACAGCCAUUUUCUUCAUCAAAAGUUAAAGCCAAAGUAAAAGUCAAAGUAAUGUCUAAAGUAAAAGUAACGGUCAAAUUCAAUUUUUCUAUUAGUUUUGCUGUCACUUUAGCCUUGAAAAAACGAAUUUGACCGUUACUUUUACUUUAGACAUUACUUUAACUUUAACUUUUGAUGAAGAAACUGGCCGGUAGUAAUAUUUUUACUUGCCACUUCAAAGUAAUGUGCUGAGCCGUCAAUGGAAAUCCAACUUAACGCCUAAAUCUUGUCUUAGUGUAGAUAAGCUAUAGGUAUAUCAAUAUAAUUGGGUGAAAGCUCUUAUUUUUGGGUGAUGGAAAUAUUAGACAGCAGAAUAAUCACAACACUAAAUAUAAUUGUGUGAUUUUUAUAAGACUUUUGGCUAUAAAUAGGUUAGAAAAGAAAGGUUACUAUCGAAACACAUGCUGACAUCUAAUAUUGUAAAUAAUAAUAAAGGAAAUUAGCCAAUAUCAGUUAUUUUUGUAAUUAUGUUUUAAAUGUACAGUCAGCAUCAAAAUCUUUUUAAUUUAUCAAUUAUUAUUUUAUCAGAGCAUCAAAACAAUCAUUUUUGGAUUAUUAUUUUCAAUGAGAGUAUUAUAAUAGAACAAUAAUAACGCCUGUGAUAUCGCAAUAUCUUAUUUGUUUAUGAUGCUAACUGUACUAGUUAUAAAAUGGCGUUUGAAGCAAUACAUUUUAUUUAGUUGUUACCUAUGGUUUUAAUCAAUCUGUAAGAAGGUGCACCAUUAUCUCACAUUUUGUCUUAUGAAUUUUCAGUUGUGUGACGAAUUAAAUUAAGACUUAGUGCAUUUUCUUGCAAAUUGAUAACUUAUUGUUCAAUAGUUGUAUUAGAAAAGAGGAUCAAGAACUCGAAUGAGAUAUUAAAAACGUCUGCUGCUAUCUAGAUGAUAUUAAUAAUAUUUGACUAGACUUCAUCGAGUUCUCGAAAAAUCUAGCCUUUUUCAAACAUGAACUUUCUUUGUAUUCUUAUAUGUUAUGUCUUGGUAUUAUUUUAAUGAUUUGACGACUCUCAUCAUUCUGCAUCUAUUUCUGAAUUAAUAACCAAUUAUAAAAUUAUUUAUGUUUCUAAUCUAAUAUUACAACAAAUCUCAAGCUAUGUAAGAACUUAUUUUUUAAUCGAUGCAUGACUUCAUGAGUAUUAUAUAAGUCCGAAAAAGGUUGUCUAUAAUAACAAUACAGAUAAGUGAAAGAGGACAUAUAGGCAUCUAGAAAAAUCUUU